UGGCAUUUUUCCCCUUGGAGCCACCAGGAGAAGGCUGGUCUUCUGGACGAGCUGGAGCUUGCAGAAAUCCUGAGGUUGCGCCACAAAACCAACAGCCGCCGCCUUCCAAAGUGGAAAGAGAUCCAGUUCUGGUUCAAAAAGUGGCACCGUGUGUACCUGCGGAGACGGGCUGUGAAGAUCGCAGAAGCCAAAGCGCGAAUGGGUGUGCUCAAGCAGGCAUCUGCAAGUACACGAACAUAUGCGCACAGAUACACUGCAGCAGUCUCUGACGGCCAUUUCAUUGUGGCCGGAUGGCCGCGCUGGACAGCAUGA